AGCUGCUCGGCGGCGGGCCCGGCUGGGAGGGCGGUGCGCGGCGGCAGAACCGAGCCCCGCGCGGGGAACGGGCACCAUGGUGCUGUCGGUGCCCGUGAUCGCGCUGGGCGCCACGCUGGGCACGGCCACCAGCAUCCUCGCGCUGUGCGGGGUCACCUGCCUGUGCCGGCACAUGCAUCCCAAGAAGGGGGUGCUGCAGCGCGACCGGGACCCAGAUCCCGAGAAGGCGAGACCCGGCGUGCUCCGGUCCGCCCAACAGUUCAAUGUUAAAAAGUCCACGGAGCCCGUGCAGCCCCGAGCCCUCCUCAAGUUCCCAGACAUCUACGGACCCAGGCCAGCUGUCACAGCCCCGGAGGUCAUCAACUAUGCAGACUAUACUCUGAGGACCACGGAGGAACCCGCUGUCCCUGCCAGCCCCCAGGCCCCAAAGGACAGCCGCCUCAAGAGGCAGGUCACGGAGGAGCUGUUCAUCCUUCCUCAGAACGGUGUGGUUGAAGAUGUGUGUGUCAUGGAAACCUGGAACCCGGAGAAGGCCGCCAGCUGGAACCAAGCCCCCAAACUCCACUACCGUGUGGACUAUGACCGGCAGAAGGCAGAACUGUUUGUGACUCGUCUGGAAGCUGUGACCAGCGGCCACGAUGGAGGCUGUGACUGCUACGUCCAAGGCAGUGUGGCCAACAGGACCGGCACAGUGGAGGCCCAGACGUCGCUGAAGAAGCGGCAGCUGCACACCACCUGGGAGGAAGGCCUGGUGCUCCCCCUGGCGGAGGAGGAGCUCCCCACAGCCACGCUGCGCCUGACCUUGCGGACCUGCGACCGCUUCUCCCGCCACAGCGUGCUCGGGGAGCUCUGCCUGGGCCUGGAUGGGGCAUCUGGGCCUCUGGGGGCCGCCCAGUGGGGUGAGCUGAAGACUUCAGUUAAGGAGCCGUCUGCAGGAACUGGGGAGGUCCUUCUGUCCAUCAGCUAUCUCCCGGCUGCCAACCGCCUCCUGGUUGUACUCAUUAAGGCCAAGAACCUCCAUUCUAACCAGUCCAAGGCACUCCUGGGGAAGGAUGUCUCCGUCAAGGUGACCUUAAAGCACCAGGCACAGAAGCUGAAGAAGAAACAGACAAAACGGGCCAAGCACAAGAUCAACCCCGUAUGGAAUGAGAUGAUCAUGUUCGAGCUGCCCGACGAGCUGCUGCAGGCCUCCAGCGUGGAGCUGGAGGUGCUGGGCCAGGAUGAGGAGGGGCAGAGCUGUGCCCUUGGCCUCUGCAGCCUGGGCCUGCACGCCUCGGGCUCUGAGCGCAGCCACUGGGAGGAGAUGCUCAAGAACCCUCGCCGGCAGAUCGCCAUGUGGCACCAGCUACAUCUGUAGGCAGCCGCCCGGGCUCCUCCCCUUCCGGGCCCCGCCCCGCCCCACCCCGCCCCUCCAGCCCUGCUGUCCUCUGCAACGUCGUCUUUGUGCCCCAUCCUCAUUCUGACACCCAGGAGACAGAUGUGUUUGCAAAGGCUGGGACCCCGUGCCUCUCCUAGUACAUAAGUCUCUCCAAAACAUGAGCAGGGCGGGGUGGGGCGGUGUGUGGAAACGGGACAUUCGGGUGGCACCGAGGAAGGUACGGUGCUCCUCUGUGCUAUUGCAGAGACCCUUGUCAAAUACAGACCACAUGCGGUUUUGGCAGGUGGACUCAGGCCUGAUGCAGAGAACGCAUAACGUGAAGAAGAAUGAGCGCAGAGAAUGUGGCUCUUUAAAAACGAGCAUUGCAAGAACAGUGGAGGACAUAAAGCAUCCUGGAUCAACUCGUAGAGUUAGGGAUUGGGAACGGGAAAGGGUGGAAUGAAAUCUCAGCCAGCAUGACAUCGUGCCCCUGACCCAUGGCUGUCACCCAGUGGUUCUCGAACCCUAGUGUGUGAAGAAUCACCAGCAGAUUUCCUGGACCCGCCCGCUGACACUCCAGAUCAGUAUUCCUGGCCACGACCCCGGCACCUGCAUUUUUACCAAGCUCCGUGCGGUUUUGAUGCAGAGGUUGGAGCACUGCGCUAGGAGAAAUCCCUUCUACAACAUUCCAGACAGGUUUCCCCAGUCCUUGUCAGGACUCCCAACACCCUGGGGCAGCCGGUUACGAGGCUGGACAUCUCAACCGUCAGUGUGAAAUUUAGGAGGCCUCUGGUUUUGUUUUCUUUUUAAUUUAAUCAUUUUAAUUCUUAAUAUUUUUCCUUUGUGCUCUUCAGAUCCUGUUCUUGGACUGGACUUUGUGCUUUUUAUUGAAGAACUCUGUUGUUUUAACUCAAAGUCCGUUUCUGUUAUCCUCGGGGAGAUCUUCCUUGACCGGGUGUGGGUGGGAUUCCCCUGUUUGUCACGAGGCGCUUGUUGUCACGCCCACCAGCAUCACCAAAGUGACCCUCUGAGACAGAUUCAUCUUUCUCAGCGUUCCAGCCACUGCAGGAGGAACAGGAGGCACGUGUUGAUUUAGGCUGUUCUAUCUGGCUGCCUACAAGUGGCCGAAGAAGGAAACUUGAAAUAGAAAAAAAGUCUUGCGCGAAUGUGUCUCCCUUCCUCAAUUUUCAGGGCCUGCCACUUUCAUCAGUAAGUAACCAGCAACUUGGCUUCAAAUUCCUACCUUCUUAUUCCAAACAGCUGUCCACGUGGUCACUUAGACACUGAGUCUCGCUGUUGGGUAUACCAUUUGCCCAGGAACCAGGAUUCGCGGGUUCUGUUGUUGGCCGGCUGUCAGAUGGGACAAAGGAUAUGGCAGCUCUGUCUCUGCGAAUGAUGUGGCAGAUGAAAGAGAGCUCAAACACCGGAGGUGCUCUCUGCUAGAAACAAAGCACAGCCCCAGGCAGGUGACCUUUAAGCCUCGUGAUGGCAGCUGACAGUGACUAGAAGGGACCAGAACCAUCCCAGGCACUUACAGAACUAUGGAUUCUGCAUUCGGGCUCCUUGCUACUGACACCUAAGCUCUGGGCUUUCAAAUGUCACCCAGUCCUGUCAUCUGCAAGGGAACCCCUGGGUGAGGUGGGUAAGGGCCUGCUUCAGGCCUGUGACGAGUCAGGCCACUCUUGGCCUCUCCCUGAGGAUCGGAGCGGGCACCUCAUCACCUUUGGUCGUGAUUUUCCAUCUCUGUGCAGAAGAAGAAAAGCAUCCCAAGAGACAGAAAAAAUAUCGAAUCCCUGUUUAAUUGGCAAGUUUUUCAGGUAAUUGGAGAGUUUGCUCCUUAAGGUUAGUCACCUCCUGCCAACAUUUUUUUUUUUAACUUUUUUAGGCAAAGCAUUUGUUGGUGAUUCCCUAUGGCAUGUUGCUAAGACUCCCCGCACACUCUGACCUCCUGGUUUUGGCCAGCAUGGCCCCAAGAAAACAAAGCAUUUCCUCUGGGGGCUGGCCGGUACUCUCUUCUCUGUAACACCCGCCACUACAGUGUAGAAAAGUCUGGAUUCUGGACUUAACAUCAGGAAACACAAGUUCUGCUUCCUUAUAAAUCUAUUCACCUGCCUCACAGUUACACUGAAGGGUGUUGGAGGUAGACUGAGCCAGAAACAUCAGCUCUACAGACUAUGGUCUUUCCAUCACAGGCAUCCAUGUCUUUGUGUCUUAAGGGUUUCAUUUUCCAGAAUCCAGACUCAAGGUUGCCCUGGACAGGAGUCAAGUGCCACCACAGAACAGUGUCGACCACCACCUCACUUAGCGGGCAAGCGCAGGAUCGAGGGAGGUCUUGCGUGGGAUUUUGUCCAUUGUCUUCAUUGGGGUGUUCCAAGAAGCUAGAAUAAAGCUAGCUGAUGGCCCUCAAUAAAUAUCUGUUGGAUGAGUUAAUAAGUGCAGGAUAGAUGGGGGACCAGACAGAGAAAGACACUGUAAGUGGUAUAAAGGUCAGUCUGCCCUGAGUUCUCCAUGGCGAAAGCAUCAGCCAUCUGAUGGCAAUUCACAGCCCUCCGUAGACGUGUAAUGAACAAUAGAGGAGGAUAUAAUUGCUGUGGUUUUCCAGCAGAGCUCUGUCUUGGUGAAUUUCAAAUUGCCCAGAGACAUCAGGCUGCCACAUCAACGGACUCGAGGAAUCUUCGCGUCUGGGUGCCUUGUACCAGAUCCCUUCGCAAUUUACUACCAGCUUAGAGUAAGCGGGUCUGGGUGAAAUCAACCGAUCAUUUUUGAAAGGCACGCCUUGUACUUCGCCGGGAGCGUUUUCUAAAAAGGGCAUGGAGCGAGGUUAAAAUAAAGGGAGAACCCACCAUAGACCAGGCUGGGGCCGCCGAGGUGACCUGGUUCUCUCCUAGAUACAGCGAAGGGGAUAGAGAACUGGGAGCCCACCCUCAUUAACCUGUGGCUCCACUGCCCACAUCAAAUCAGCGUGUAUCUGCCAGGUGCCCAUUGCUCCAGGCCUCGCACAGGACUGUCCAUUUCACUUUGAGAUACGAUCCUUGGCGUGGGCUGAGGGACCCGUCACUCCAAAGGACACUAUGUAGAGAGGGGAGGAUGCAGAAGAGGCUCUCCGGGGGCAGUUUCUUGGGGAUGUAGAGGAGUCUGAAGGGGAGGAAGCUGCAAUGUAAGCCAAACUGAGGCGAAGACCCCCAAAAGAGAGACCUAGUCCUUGUGAUCUGUUUCUGCUGCCUGUGUUUCUUGUUGUCAGUGCUAAGUGUGUGUUUGUUUCUCGAUCAUGAACUGAAGCACAAAAAGACGCAUGAGACAUUGUAGUCAUAUGUCUGGUGUCACACUUGGGAGCAAAAAUCUCUCAGUGGUAAAUAAAUAAUUUCCAGCGGG